CGGGGAGGUCAGGUGACCGGCCGGCGUCCCAAGAUGGCGGCGGCGGAGGCGCUCGGGAGGCCUCGGUACCGUCCCGGCUGCUGAGACGGUCCCCGCGCGGCUGGCGGCGGACGGGCCGCGGCCGAGGGCCGGCGAACAGGCGGUCGUCGCCUCUACGCGCCCCGCGGCCGGGGCUGGGCCGGGCGGCGGCGGCGGCGGCGCCGGGGAAUGCCCGUACUGGGCCCGGCCUGUCCCUCCUCAACUUAGGGCGGCGGCGGGCGCGGCGGGCCCGCGCCCAGGCUCCCGGGCCAUGGCGCUGAGGGAGCUCAAAGUGUGUCUGCUGGGGGAUACGGGUGUGGGCAAGUCGAGCAUUGUGUGGCGGUUCGUGGAGGACAGCUUUGACCCGAACAUCAACCCGACCAUAGGGGCAUCUUUUAUGACCAAGACUGUCCAGUACCAAAAUGAGCUACAUAAAUUCCUAAUCUGGGAUACGGCUGGACAAGAACGAUUCCGUGCCUUGGCGCCCAUGUACUACCGCGGGUCGGCUGCCGCCAUAAUUGUUUACGACAUCACAAAAGAAGAGACAUUUUCCACGUUAAAGAACUGGGUAAAAGAGCUUCGCCAGCACGGCCCACCUAAUAUUGUGGUUGCCAUCGCAGGAAAUAAGUGUGAUCUUAUCGAUGUCAGGGAGGUCAUGGAGAGGGACGCCAAGGACUACGCCGACUCCAUCCAUGCGAUUUUUGUGGAGACCAGCGCCAAAAAUGCCAUAAACAUCAACGAACUCUUCAUAGAAAUUAGCCGGAGAGUCCCGUCCACCGACUCCAGCCCGCCGUGCGGCGGGAAGGGCUUCAAACUCCGCAGGCAGCCCUCGGAGCCGAAGCGCAGCUGCUGCUGACCGAGCCUCCGCCCCUCGGGCCCGCGACGAAGUAGGUGGUCCUGAAGGCUGACACGAGGGCUGGGGGCCCACCGCCAGGCUUCGCCGGGCCGGGCUGGGGCCUCCCUCGUGCAAGAAAGAGGCGCGGAAUUGGUCAGCCCUCUCCUCGGGGGGGGCUGCAGCAGUGACACCCCGUCUGCGGACCGGGCUGCGCAGGGGCUCCCUGCUCCCAGGGGCCCCUCGCUGGCUUUGACCUGGCGGAAAGGAACACGUAAUUGUAUGGAUGGCAGGAUCCCACUGUUGAGUAGUUUUAUAAUCAAGACUUCAUGUAACAUUUUGUACAGGGAAAACGAGCACUUUCGUGGUUCUCGAGGGGAAGAAGACCUCGUGGAGAUUAUCGUCUCCGUGGUUUCCCAUUGCCGCGCUUCUGGGGAGUUGUAUCAUUUAAAUGGGGGGGGCGCUGUUAAGUGGAGGGAUGGCAGUUAUUACCUGGGGGUGAAUUGGUCACUUACAGGACGGGUGGGAAUGAUUACAUCCGCCAUGUCCAGAGCACUUCCCGCCGCGCACGUCAGCCCCGACGCACACGGCGAGUCCCCGGGAACCACGGCCGCGCUCGCUCCCGGUGUGCGCCCGGACCCUGUCCUGUGUGUGUCCCCAAACUCAUCAUUGGCGCCUUUUGUCACAAGCUCUCGUGACCAGGAUGGUGGUGGGGAGAAGCGGCCUGGGAUAAACUGAAUGGCAUAUGUUUAACCUGACCAACUGGCUGAAAAAGGAGGAAAAAGAAAGUGAUGUAAAUGCUGUCAAUUUUUUAUUGAACCCAAAUAUUUUGGUGGUGAAAACAAUUAUCUGUUCCUUAGCCUGUGUAAAGUUAUAGCCUAUAUUUAUGAGACUGUUGCUUCAAGAGUAUAAAUUA